GAGAAAUAAGGGAUUGGGCUGCAUUUUCUCAUGUGUACGUCUUUCCUGAAUCCGAAAUUUCUUUUUUUAUAUUCAUGUUUGAAAAAUUGCAGCAUUUGCCACUACCCUAAAUUUUGACGCCAUUUUUCAGGGACCUCACCACCUCCAACGUCAAACAGAGCACUUUCCCCGACGAAAACGAUGGAGUACAUGGGUUUGUCCCCUGUUCCUCCCCAAAUAAACCCGCACCUGCCCUCCGGCAGCCGACAAAAUACUGACAUUAGGCUGGAGGAGGCAACAAGGAACUGCUGGCACAACUGUCUCAAACAGUACGGCUACAUAAACCCCCCGAAGCACUACAACCGUGGGCGCUCGGAAUUGGUCCCGAUCACGAACGGCAAGGCGGUUGUCGUCGGUGGGGUUGUGAGCGAAAUCUGCGACUGCGCACUCUCCACGGAGGUCAUAACGCUCUUGUCGGUUUUCUUCCUUGACGUCAAGGAAUUCGACAGACUGCGUCAGAUGAACAACGAGUUUCUCCUGAAAUUGUUCAUCCGGCCCAAGGGUCUGCAGUACAUGAGUUACUCAGAAGUUCAAGAGAGACUGAGGAAAAGUCUGAAGAAGAAUAGUGUGGCGAUGGAUGUUCGCACAGCGUCACGGAGACACCGGGACUCGCCUUGUUAGGCCGAGCCAACGACGUAGAAACUGGUGGAUUGUGGGUGGCCUACGGAAAAACGUGACACACAUGGAGCGGCGAUUUGAUAGGCGAGCGGGAAGUGGAAAUGACCAAUGGAGAUGUUGCAAGUGUGAGGGAUUUGCGAUUUGACCAUUCACUCUUAUGUAAAAGUUCGCGAGAGACACG